AUGUCUCAGCUUCUUCAAACCCCGUUCCUCCAUUCCACCACCGUCCUCCGCCGCACUCCCACUUCACUCCACCGCACUUCAACCCCCACCAACAACCUCGUCGUCCGUGCCAAGAUCCGAGAGAUUUUCAUGCCCGCACUUAGCUCCACUAUGACCGAGGGCAAAAUCGUGUCGUGGAUCAAAUCCGAAGGCGAUAAACUCUCCAAAGGCGAUAGCGUUGUCGUCGUUGAGUCCGAUAAGGCGGACAUGGACGUCGAGACUUUCUAUGAUGGUAUACUCGCUGCUAUUGUUGUUGAAGAAGGCGGCGUCGCCGCCGUUGGAUCUCCGAUAGCAUUUCUCGCUGAAACUGAACAAGAAAUCGAACAAGCCAGGUCCAAAGCCCUCUCUUCAUCAUCUUCAUCUUCAUCACCUUCAGCAUCUCAUUCUACUCCACCACCAGCACCUUCACCUGCACCGGUAGAAUCUCAACCCAAGAAACCUGUUGCAGCGGCGGUUGUGUCUAAACAUCCUGCUUCCGAGGGAGGGAAGAGAAUAGUGGCGUCGCCUUAUGCGAAGAAACUGGCUAAGGAAUUGAAUGUGGAGUUGGGUCAAAUUGUUGGGACUGGACCUUCAGGGAGGAUUGUGGCUAAAGAUGUUGAGGCGUUUGCAGCUUCAGACAGUUCUUCUUCCGCAGGUGUUGCCGCUGCGGCCGAGCCAGCCAAGACUGCUGUUUCGGGUGUUGAAUUGGGAAGUGUGGUGCCGUUUACAACAAUGCAGAAUGCUGUGAGUAGAAACAUGGUAGAGAGUUUGGUUGUUCCCACUUUCAGAGUAGGUUACACUUUCACCACUGAUGCACUUGAUGCUCUCUAUAAGAAGAUUAAAUCAAAGGGAGUUACUAUGACUGCAUUGCUUGCCAAGGCUACAGCACUUGCGCUAGCUAAACACCCUGUUAUAAACUCUAGUUGUAGGGAUGGUAAUAGCUUUACUUACAAUAGCAGCAUCAACAUUGCAGUUGCUGUGGCUAUAGAUGGCGGACUUAUUACUCCAGUGCUUCAGGAUGCUGAUAAGGUUGAUGUCUAUUCUUUGUCAAGAAAGUGGAAGGAGUUGGUUGAUAAGGCCCGAGCUAAGCAGCUGCAGCCUCAUGAAUACACCACAGGUACUUUCACCCUUUCCAACCUGGGAAUGUUUGGCGUUGACCGCUUUGAUGCUAUUCUGCCUCCUGGAACUGGAGCAAUUAUGGCAGUUGGAUCAUCACAGCCAACUGUUGUGGCUACCAAGGAUGGACGCAUUGGCUUGAAGAACCAAAUGCAGGUCAAUGUUACGGCAGAUCAUCGAGUAAUCUACGGUUCCGAUCUAGCUCUCUUCUUGCAAACCCUGUCACAGAUCAUUGAAGACCCUAAAGAUCUUACUUUCUAG